AUGACGGAGCUGUCUUUCUCCGCAAUGUGGCGGAACCUUCGUGCUCGAGGAUGGCGCCAUCAGCCGCCGCGCGGCUUAUCGACUGUUACAAAGUACUACACGCCAAACGGGUGGGCCGACAAGGCGAACGCUGAGCGCCGGGUUGAUGUAUUUUGGGGAGAAGAUGAACUACUGCGCAUUGUUCCCGAGCAAGUCUACGGGCGCGCUGGAACCACCAACAAAGCGACCAAAGUCGGGAGGUGGUCCGCCGACUGUGCCUCCAAUACCGCUUCCAACGCCGUUCACCCAUUCCCCUCAUCUCCCGGACUCACGGCCAAACACCCCAGCAAGAGCGCGCUCCAGCACUGGUACUGCAUCUCCAGCUUUGGCUACACCCGCGUCGAUAUCGUCGUCUACGGCUACGCCAGCUUCGACACCGUCCCAAACCACUACACCAACUUCAACGCCGUCUUUGGCAGCGGUGACAUCGGCCCGACGGGUGCUCACUAUCACGACACCAGCACGGCAUUCACUGGAGCCACCAAGAGAUCACCUCUCAGCGCAUCUGCCACGGCCACGGCAGGCCCGGCCACCAUCAAGCCGAGCUCCUCUGCGGCUGAGGACGGUAUUUUUCUCGGGUCAGGUGACGAGGAGGACUAUUCCGUUGACGAUGAGGUUAGCGAUGACGAUAGCAUCUUCCUCCCCGAUGCGAAUGACGGUGAAAGCUGCGACGAGAGCGAUGACGGCACCAUACCUGACACAGUGAGUGAAGAACCAAGCGAGGACGACCCCGAUCUACUACGUCUACUGUAUGCUUCGGCAAGUGCCGAAGAUUUGUCCAAGGCUGAUCUGCGACUUCAUACUCUCAAAGGGUGGAUGUCCACUUGGACGGCUCGAGCAAGUGUUAUCUGCCAUGAUAUUCAGCUCCCAGCGGCUCAGUUGAGUCGAGACCAAGCGGCUCCUAGUGACACCGCCGAAGCUAUCGGCCUCAAUCUCGAAGCGGAACUUCUCCUGAUCAGCUUGCAGAGUGGAGUCAGCGCCGACGAGCUCGCAACCCGGCCUUCAGACCCAUGA